AUGAGCUUACGAGCCCAAGGGCAAGUCCAAGCAUCAAAAGUUUUAAAAAAUAUAACCAUUAAUCCACAAGCUUUUCAAAAAUCAUUGGAACCACAACAACUGAUUUUGCUCGCUGAAGAUGCUCUGGCUGUUUUAAUAGACGCCAAACUUUCCCGCGAGCAAUAUGAUGUAAUUAGAAGAAAGGCGCCAGAAAAGUUUCCUUCCUACAAAAUAGUGCGGGCAGCAAAAAAAUUAUGCUAUCCUACAGAUAUUUCAGCAACUGAAACAAGUGCUUCUUUUAAAUUACAAGCUCUAUUAGAUCACACUACAGAGCGAUUAUGCCAAACAUUGUCACACGUCAUCAUUCAAUCUUUUAAAGAAUUGAAUAAAUUGUGUUUGAUUUCUAAAUGGGGGUUUGACGGGUCUUCAGGAAACAGUACAAGCAAGUAUUUUAUAACCAUGAAGCAGACGAGAUAUUGCCGGCCUAUUAAAAUCGAAUUUAAGAAGGAGUCCACUUGUGUUUCUAUUGCAGAAUAUAAUAAAAUAGAGGAUGAAAUAAAGAAACUGAUAGACAGCAAUAUAACAAUUAAGUCUAAACAAUUAAAGGUCAAUCACAAGUUAAUCUGUUCCAUGGUGGACGGAAAAGUCUGUAAUGCCCUAACAGAAACUACAUCUACAAUGAAAUGUUUAAUAUGCGGCGCUACUUCUAAACAGUUUAACCAAAUAGACAAUAUAAUUGCAAAGGAAAUAAAAACAGAAGAUUCGGAACCCAUAAAUUUUAAUUUACUUUUUAUUAGAAAUAAUGUAAUGAGGAGGAUCACGGCCGGUUUCUGCUUCUUGCUUCAUGGAUCCAUAUACAAUUCUGGCCUCAAUACCUGCUGCAUCUCCUGA